CGCUCGGUCAGGAAGCUACGAAACGGCGGCAUCGAGUUCGAAGUCAACAGCGUGGCGUCGGCAAUAUGGCUACGGAUCACAAAGGUGAAGGCCUCAUUCGUUGAGAACUUCGGAGAUAACGCCACGAUCAAAACUAGAGGAUACCCUAUACUCGUGGAGAGUGCCCCAGUACGAUUCAACCCCGAAGAUCCGAUCGAAAUCACCCGAGUGGAACGCAUAAACGGAAUGGACGAAGGUGACAUCCUCAGAGCCCGGUGGAUCAAGGCCCCCGCCCGCCGAUACGAAGGACAACAGUACGCGCAUCUCUCUAUCGUACUCCGAACCGAGAAAACAGCAAACUACGCCAUUCGAUGGGGAUUCGACGUUAAAGGGAAAAAGUGCGUCGGACGCCGAAUGAUGAAGGAGCUGAUAAGGUGCCAUAAGUGCCAGCGAGUGGGGCUACACAUGGGAGCGAGCUGCCGAGAGGAGAAGGAGACCUGCGGGACCUGCGGAAGCAACGAACACAAGACCACCGAAUGCCCGAACGCCGAAGAUACCAACAAUCACUUCUGCGCCAACUGCAAAGAGAAAGGGCACGCUGCCUGGAGUCGAGCCUGCCCCACGUUCAUAAGGAAGAAUCGCGAGUAUCAAGAGAAGUACCCAGAGAACAACUACAAGUACUUCGUUACUGACGACCCUUCCACAUGG